CUAAUGUAGGUUAGUGAUAAACUAUACUGUGGGGUUGGAAUACUGGUGCUAUGCAAAGGUGUUUAAUGUACCCACACUUGGUAAGUGGAAGCACCUAUUCAAGUGUGACUGUCAAUCAAGAGUUCAACCACGAUGACUUACACUUUCCCUAAGUUAUAUUUUUUAUUUAAUUUGCAGAAUCUCCAAAGAGUAGCAAGACGAAAUUGACAGCGUAAGGAGUAGAAUGUAAAGGUGUUUUCAAACGUGAGAGAGUAAAAUUAAAAACUUUGCCAGUAAAUAAAUAAAUAAAUAAAUAAAUAAACGAUCCAGUGACGUUGGCUGAGCGUCAUCUGCGUCGUGACGUCACCACAUUCCCGGUGCGCAAGUCGACGCUUUUCAAUGCGGAAGUUCCCUCCUCGAAGCAAGUCGGGGACGAUUUCAGAAAGGAAAACAAGCCAAAGAGUUGCUAGAAUUAUAUGUUGACGAGUUCACUUCUCAACUAAGUUUUAAAAGCAGACUCUGUCGAAGAUCUUUCGAUCGUUUCGGCUAUCGGACAACUGAUCAGCCCUCAUGGCUACCAACAACAAUUUACAGAAAGCCAUUGAUCUUGCCAGCAAGGCGGCUCAGGAGGAUAAAGCUCAGAAUUAUGAGGAGGCUCUGCGGAUGUACCAGGCAGCUGUACAGUACUUCCUCCAUGUGGUCAAAUAUGAAGCUCAAGGUGAAAAAGCGAAACAGAGCAUCCGCGCAAAAUGUGCCGAAUAUUUGGAUCGGGCAGAGAAGUUGAAGGAGUAUCUCCAAAAGAAAGAGAAAGCUCCACCUGCUAAACCUGUCAAAGAGUCGAGUGACAAAGGGAAUGAUAGCGAUGACGCUGAUGAUCCAGAGAAGAAGAAGUUGCAGAAUCAACUCUCGGGUGCAAUUGUUAUGGAAAAGCCAAACAUCAAGUGGGAUGAUGUUGCCGGCUUAGAGGGCGCCAAGGAAGCCCUGAAAGAAGCUGUGAUUCUCCCCAUUAAAUUCCCUCAUCUAUUUACAGGCAAGAGAACACCAUGGAGGGGCAUCCUGCUCUUUGGACCUCCGGGUACAGGAAAGUCUUACCUUGCAAAAGCUGUCGCCACAGAGGCCAACAACUCGACCUUCCUGUCUGUCUCCUCGUCUGAUCUUGUUUCCAAAUGGUUGGGAGAAAGUGAGAAGUUAGUUAAGAAUCUGUUUGCCCUCGCGAGAGAAAACAAGCCCUCCAUUAUCUUCAUUGAUGAGAUCGACUCCCUCUGCGGCUCCAGGAGCGAGAACGAGAGCGAGGCGGCGCGACGUAUCAAGACAGAGUUCCUGGUGCAGAUGCAAGGUGUUGGAAAUGACAAUGACGGAGUGCUGGUACUCGGGGCGACAAACAUUCCGUGGACCCUAGACUCUGCCAUCAGAAGAAGAUUUGAGAAGAGGAUCUAUAUUCCACUGCCAGAAGAGCACGCUCGCAGCUUCAUGUUCAAGCUCCACCUGGGCUCCACCCCCAACAGUCUGACCGACUCUGAUUUUGUCACACUGGGCAAGAAAACAGACGGCUACUCAGGCGCGGAUAUCAGUAUCAUCGUGAGAGAUGCGCUCAUGCAGCCCGUCCGAAAGGUCCAGGCGGCAACCCACUUUAAAAGGGUGAAUGGACCAUCGAGAGCGGACCCCCUAAUAAUUGUACACGAUCUCUUGACGCCUUGCUCGCCCGGCGAUCCCAACGCAAUUGAGAUGACAUGGAUCGACGUCCCCGGAGAGAAGCUUCUGGAACCUGUAGUUUGCAUGUCUGACAUGCUGAGGUCUCUGUCCAACACCAAGCCCACCGUCAAUGAACAGGAUCUCCACAAACUGAAAAAAUUCACAGAGGACUUUGGACAGGAAGGCUAGUUAGAUUUGUUUCUGAAGCAGGCCAAACCAAAGCAAAAUAAUUGCAAUGUUAUAUUUACUGUUUGUUUGAGUGUUGUUUUUUUUUUUUUUUCCUUUUCCCUUCUCAUGAUAACCAUCACCAGAGCUCAGUCUCUCUUUGACAGCCUGAUAACCACAGAAAGGCUAUAGAACUACUUUUGAUACUUAUUCCUCUCCAAAUACAAUAAAUACAAUCAUGACAAAUUUAAAGGGGCGUUGGACUUAGAAAGGUGCAAAAAUGAAAACCCAGGCUUCUUCUUUGGACUAGCGUUAUGCACACACGUAGUUCUCGCCGUGGACAAUUAAACGGCCCAUCUCUGUUUUGUAUGAAUAAGCAACAAGCAAUUUAGAUUCUCAUUUAUUUUGUAGAAUCAUAUAUAGGCUGUAGGAAGAGAAGCAGCAUUAGAUUUCUUGUCAAACGUGUUCGUAAUCUCUGAUGUGUAGAUAUCACACAGACAUUUUCGACUUGGUGAGACACUCUGGAUGAGAGCUACUUUGGGUUGGGAUCGUCUGUCCACUCACAAUUGUAUAAGUUGAAUGGCUCACCAAAGGUGCCAGACCAGCAUUAUUUGAAACAAGGACUCUUGAGCUUUGUGUCACUCUUUUUAUCACACCCUACUAAACAUUUAAUUUUUUUUAUAAUCGAACUGAUGCUGGUUACUAACUGCUAAAAAAAAAGAAAAUAAAUUAAGCAAAGAUAAGGUUGGAUUGUGAAUUUGGAUGCAACACACUGAAGUUGGAGGUUUGUAUGUAAAUUGCGGCUAAUAGAUACAUCUCCAUUUAAAAGUGACGCUGUGCAUACUGUGCCUUCUAGAGAAGCUGUUUAUUUUUCUAUGGGUUUGUCUCAAUUUGUCCUUGUGCUUUACCAUCAAAGUGCAUCAUUACUACUAUAAUUAAGACAUGUAUAAAACUUGCACAUUUCCUGUACUCUCCUAUACGUAAUGUAAACUAUUUUUCUUUGCGUUUUGAUGGGGAAAUCCUUUACACUAUUCUAUACCAAUAUAAAACAAUUUUUGUCUCUGA